AUGUCUCACGACGCCUACCAGAUGCAAUGGGCUGAAGCUAUGAACGAUCUGCAGGAACAAGUCAGAGUUGAACAGGUCCCAAAAGAACCAAAUGAACUUGGAGUUGAAAACUGUGAAGAAUGGCCACCAGAAGAGUUCUUUCAACACUUCGCUGUGUUGUAUAUCAAAUACAUUGAGAUUUAUAAGAAACUAGAGGAAUGUUAUGACCAAAUGGUUCAUCCUCAAAAGAGAGCUACCAUUAAGCCAGCCUUAGAAGCAGUCAUGUCAAGGAUUGCACUUAUUAAGAAGGAUUUGUCUGAUUAUAAUCCUAGGAGAGGUUCAAUCUAUAUCCAUCUUGAUCAGCUUCUGUUCGAUCUUAAGUAUGAUCCCUCUGUGAUUGAAAUCCCUGUCCCAAGAUAUUUCAAGGAAGAUGAUCAAAUUCCAGUAGAUAUAAAGUUCAAGGAGCAACCUGAGAAGAAGGCCAAAAAGAAGAAAGGUAAAAAGAAGAAGAAAAAGAAGGCUGCUAAAGAUGAUGAAGAAGAGGUCAAAGAGCCACCUCCAAGUCUUGAACAAAAGAGACAACUUUUGGAUGGACUCCUGUCAACUUACUGUGGAACCGACGAGCCUGAGCUAGAGAUAGUUCAUGAUCCCUUCACCUUUGAUAUGGAUAUCAUUGACGCAAUCAGGAUGAUCCAGAAGCAUGAAAGAGGAAGAAACUACCGAAAUCGUAUCAUCGAUAUCAUCAAUAGAUGGGGGAACGAGGACGAAAACUCAAGAGGGAAGGGCGGAGCCAACAUCCAAUCAGAAAAACCAUCUAAAGACGAGUCCUGCAUUAUGUUCCAGAAGCUUUUCAAAGGAAUUGUUGACAGAAAGAGGAUUGAUCAAAUCCGUAAUGAAGAGCUCUCCUUCCUUGGGAUGGCUCCCAAACCAAAGGAUUUGACUGACAAGACACAGGACCCUAUCAAAAAGGCUGAAGAGACUCGUGAGGGCAGAAAAGCAACCCAAAUAGAGAAAAUGAAGGACUACGAAAACGCGAAGGUUGAUCUAAAGGACGAAAUAAAGGAAAGUCAGGGUCCUGAAAUUCAAGAAUCGAUGCUCCAAGAACGUCGUGAGUGGAUUACCCAAGAGAUCCAGCGCAAAGGUGGUGCCAUCCCAACUUCCCUUGAAGACUUCUACAAACGUGAUGAAGUCGAGGCCCCUCUUUCACCCGAAGAAGAGGAGCUCAAGAAGAUGAUGGAGGAAGAAGAAGCCAAAAAGAAGAAGAAAGGCAAGAAAGAGAAGAAGGCUGGAGGAGACGAUGACGAGAAGGAAGACAUCAAGAUGAAAUUUGGAGAAUUCCAAGACGGUUUCAAUGAUAAGUGGGCUACGAAGGAUGAGACAGAUAAUUUUGACCAGGACUAUGACACUGAGAUGGUCAAGGAUGAAGUCAAACCCGAUAUACAGAAGGAGUUCAAGAAGGAAGUUGAUGAAAUGAUAAUGCUAGAGCUUGAGAAUAUUAAGAUUAGCCAAGCUGGCUUCAAGGAAAAGAAAAAGAAGAAGAAAGGAAAGAAAAAGAAGGGAAAGAAAGGCAAGAAGAAAAAGAAGAAGGAUCCUGAAUGGCUUAACUGGCCUAAGAAGAUUCCUGGGCUCAAGCAGAUAAAGAAAAUGAGCUGUGUUGAAGAUCUACUUGCUGAAUUGGUUCAAAUGGGAAUUGCUAAGAAGUUCCCAGCUCAGAAAUUGUCUAACUUUAAAGGAGAUUUCAACUACCUCCAUUCAAUGAUGGAUGACUUGACAGUUGGUCCUCAAGAUCCAUCAAUGGCUUUGAUUAGACAGCUCGUGACUGAAAUAUGUAUCUUCCCCUUAGGAUCUAAGCUUGUAAAAGACAGGGCUCAAUUUGUAAGGUCAUGAUUGUUCUACGGUCCCCCUGGAUCUGGUAAAACACUUGUAGCUCAUGCUGUUGUACAUGAGACAGCUUCAAUGGUGUUUGAUCUCUCUCCAAUCUCAAUCCAAGGAAGGUACUCUGAGAAGGGCGGUGAAAACAAAAUGGUUGCUUCAGUAUUUGCUUGUGCCAGACAUUUCCAGCCAGCCGUUGUCUACAUUGACGAAUGUGAAAAAGUAUUCCCACAGAAGAAAAAGAAGGGUAAAAAGGGAAAGAAAGCUCCUUCCAGACUCAAGAAACCCAUCAUAGCUUGGAAGAAGAAGCUUCCCCAGAAGGAUAGAAUUUUGAUCAUUGGUUGUUCAAGCGAGCCCCACAAUGCUGUGAAGAAGGAUAUGAGGGCAAUGUGGGACCAAGCUAUUUAUUUCCCUUUCCCUGAUUUCUCCACAAGAAGGAACUUAUGGAAGGACUUUAUCGAGAAAUGCAAUGGAACUGUCACACAGGGCUUCCCGCUUAGUACCUUGGCACAUAUCUCAGUUGGUUAUUCUGCUGGAUCAAUCUACAAAACAUGCAAGCAUGUUUUGACUGAUUACAGGAUCAAGCAGCUGAGGACACGUCCUCUCAGGCUUUCUGAGUUCAUGGGUCCACUCUCACUUACGCAUUGUGCUCUAGAUGACCUGUACAAGGAUUACAGAAAGUUCACAGAUUUCAUCACCAAGGAUGACAAGAGACAAGCUGCAAUGAAAGCAGCAGAGAAUGGUGACAAAGAAGAUGACGGAAAGAAAGGAAAGAAGGGUAAAAAGGGAAAGAAAGGCAAGAAGAAAAAGUAA